AUGGCUUAUGAAGGUUUUCUAAGAGAAAGAGCAGCUAAACGAUCGGAUCAAACAAGUACAGGUAGUUUGACCGCCUUACUUGUCAUUGAAACACAAGCUGGAGACGUAUCGGCCUAUAUUUCCACCAAUGUGAUCUCCAUUACUGAUGAACAAAUCUGUUUAGAAACUGAGUUCGUUGAUCGCGCAAUUAGACCUGCUAUUAACGUCUGCAUAUCUGUCAAUUACGUUGGGUCUGCCGCUCAAUUGAAAGCUAUGAAACAAGUUUGCGGUAGUUCAAAACUAAAAUUGGCAAAAUAUUGCAAAGCGGCUGCCUUUGCUUAA